GAUGAGGCGGAGGACGGCUGUAGCGACGAUGGAGAAACUAAAGUUGCUGCAAUGGACAGAUCAAUGCAACAAAGGGAAGCUAUGAUACAGAUGCUGAAAUUCUAGUUACAUAAAGCACAAAACAGGAUGACAAAACAGGAUGAAGGCGCAUGCUGAUAAAAAGAGAUCUGAAAGAACAUUUAAAGUGGGAGAUUGGGUGUGGCUUAAACUACAGUCUUAUAUACAGAGGACAGUAGAGCAAAGAAUGAAUGAUAAGCUGUCACCUAAAUUCUAUGGGCCUUUUCAAGUAAACCAAGUGGUUGGAGAAGUGGCUUAUCAGUUAAAACUGCCGAUGGAAGCAAAAAUUCAUCAUACAUUCCAUGUUUCCCAAUUAAAAGAGUUCAGGGGAGUGCUCCCAUCAAAACCCCAUAUUUCUAGUUGGCUGCAGGACUCUAACACAGCAGAGAAAAUGGAACCAAUAGCUCUGUUAGCAAGGCAAAUGGUGAAAUCCCAGAACCAGGCUAAAAUCAAGUUUCUGAUUCAAUGGCAAGGUCAGGAUGCUGCAGAUGCUGUAUUCGGUUAGUUAGUAGUUAACGGAAUAGUUAACCGACUAAGACUGUUAGUUGGUUAAAAUUCCUAUAUUAGGCAAAUAAUUGUACAGACUGGAAACUAAUAAGAAAGUUCUUCAUUCUUCCUUUACGUUCUUCUCUGUAAUCUCUCUUUCUGAAAGUUUAGCUUACUAGUUCUCGAAUUCUCUUCUUCAUUCUUUAUGAGAUUUCCUGGACGGUAACAUCCCCCUGCCCCCGGGCUCCUGGCUUCUCCCUCUCCUUUCUUGACUUCGGAAAUCAGGAAUCCCAACCUCCCAGGUUAGCCGUAAGCACUGACUCCAUUAAGCAUUUUUUUCUUAAUUUUAGUUUGUAUUCCUUCCACUUUAUUUUUU